UCAAACCUGCAACCCAGGCAUUUGCAUCAAAUGUGGGCUUGGUAUCUACGGAGCAAGACAAGCAUGCCAGGCAAUGGGGAGCCUGUAUCACACCGAUUGCUUCAUCUGUGACUCCUGUGGGAGACGGCUUCGUGGGAAGGCGUUCUACAAUGUGGGCGAGAAAGUGUACUGCCAGGAGGACUUCCUGUACUCCGGGUUCCAGCAAACGGCUGACAAGUGUAGCGUGUGUGGACACCUCAUCAUGGAGAUGAUCCUCCAGGCCCUUGGGAAGUCCUAUCACCCAGGCUGCUUCCGGUGCUCUGUGUGCAAUGAGUGCCUGGACGGGGUGCCCUUCACUGUGGACGUGGAGAACAACAUCUACUGUGUCAGGGACUAUCAUACGGCUUUUGCACCAAAAUGCGCCUCCUGUGCUCGUCCUAUUCUCCCUGCACAGGGUUGUGAGACAACUAUCCGUGUGGUGUCCAUGGAUAGAGACUACCACGUGGAAUGUUAUCACUGUGAGGACUGCGGGCUUCAGCUGAGCGGGGAGGAUGGACGCCGCUGCUACCCGCUGGAGGGCCACCUGCUGUGCCGCCGCUGCCACCUCAGGCGCCUCCGGCCUGGGCCACUGCCCUCACCUGCUGUGCAUGUCACGGAGCUCUGAGCUGGAGCAGGAGCCCGACCCUGUGUGUGUGUGUGUGUGUGUGUGUGUGUGUGUGUGUGUGUGUAUGAGGGCAGGCGGGAUGGGUGACCCAGGUUGGGCGGAGCUCUGCGUCAGGGUGGCGCAGCCACCCCUCCUCCAACGCCCACCCUGCCAAUUGCCACCAAGCUGCUGUCCGAGGGGCCGGCCCCACGGCGAAGCUACUUCUAUUUAUUCACCGUCUGUGCCUUUUCCAGCGCUUCCCUCCUUCAGGCUCUGCCCACCUCCCCCCACCCCAUCCCCACCCCACCCUGUCAGGGAGGGGCAGGCUCCCAGACCACCUGGAUGGAGCCAGUUUCCUGUUCAGAAUGGGCCAGGGACCCCGUUGCAGAGCGCUGGGAGCAGGCGGUGUUUGGCCUAAGGGCGCACAUAUUUGUGUGUCUCAUAAGCGGCUUGCCCACCAGUAUGUGCCUUGUUUGGGUGGGGUCACAGGACGGUGUGGGGCCUGCAAAGGAGCCCUGCCUCUGGCCACUGUGGUCACUGGGAUUUGGCCACUUGGAUUCCAGUGGGUGUUUUCAGCCACAAUCCCACCCGGGGCUCCCGUCCCUAGCUCCUGGCUUGGGACUCCCCCCACCCCCAUCUUUCAGCUUCGGAAAGGAACCACGCGAAUCCCAGCCCUGCCCGCAGGAGAGCGCUGCUGCAGGAAAGCACUGGAUGGGGCUCCAGGACCAACGCAUAUGAUUUGACUUAAAUUAAGUUUUUCCAUUGAGAAUGUUUUCAUUUUCUUUAAAAGAAUAUAGUUUUCUUCUAAAACUUGGCCCACGUUGUUAUUUUUAGGAAAGUUACAAGAAGCAAAUGUCCACUUGUAUGUCAUAUUUUCAGGGUAAAAGCAUUGUAGUUUAACUAUUUUUGUAUAAAUGGCUCUAAAAUCUCAA